AUGGCAGAGUUGCUACGACAAGAUGUGACAGAGUAUCAUAAAACCCUCCUCAAGUUCAAGUCUGUACCCAACAUCCUCAAUUUCAAGUCCACCCCUCUUUGUAAGACAUCUACCAUGCAAACCCAAGAAAGACAGUUGAUCGACCAAUCAGAAGAUCCACAUGUGCUUUUCGUGUCCUUGUCCGACCCUCAUGCUUCCCACCCAGAUCCAAGCUUUGAAGCUAUGAGAACGUUGGUGGUGCGGCCAUCAGUUUCUGUUCGGAUCCCUACUCCUUGGGAGGGCAAGUUAUACGACGUUUGCAGUACUAGUUGUGAUGGUCUGGUCUGCCUCUACGAUUUCUUUAGACUGCCAAGUAUUGUCGUCAAUCCCACCACUCGCUGGUAUCGAUUUUUCCCUAGGUGCAACUAUCAACUAUUCGCUGCCGAGGAGGCUGAGAGAGACGACGAUAGCUGUGUUGUUCCAUAUCCUUCUCCUGGAUUUGGUAAAGACAAAAUCAGUGGCACGUACAAGCCUGUUUGGUUGUAUAACUCCGCGCAGUUAGGUCUAAACGACGAGGCUACUACUUGUGAAGUUUUUGAUUUUGCCACCAACACUUGGAGGUACGUUGUCCCUGCGUCCCCUCAUCUCGUUAUUCACCAAGAUCCUGUUUAUAUAGAUGGGUAUCUUCAUUGGUUCACUGCCUUAUCGCAAGAGGGCGAAACCAUGGUUUUGUCUUUAGAUCUUCACACUGAAACAUUCCAAGUCAUCGCUAAAGCUCCCUUUGUCCAUGUCUCUAAUGAAUUCAAUAUCGUCAUGUGCAACCUCGAUGGUCGUUUGUGCGUAUCCGAGGAAAAGUGUCCCAGCCAAGUCAUUUGGUCGUUGGAUGGUUCAUCAGAACACAAGACAUGGAAGAAAAUAUAUUCCAUAGAUCUCUUUAUCACUUCGUCUUUCUUUCCUAGGCACUUUAAGGCACUCGCACCACUAGCUGUUGUGGACAAGGACAAGUUAUUGUUCUAUGAUCGUGAAAGUAAGGUUGCAUUGGUAACACAUGAUCCCAAAACCAAAUCUUAUGAAUUUGCUUACAAAUCUAAACUCUCUGCAUCCGCUGUUUGUUAUUUCCCGAGUUUAGUCUCUAUUUUGUAA